UUAAAAUAUGUCUUAGAAAAGCAAGUUUUUUUAGUGGAUUGAUUACAGAGUUCGUAUUACUUUGGGUGAUGGACGUAUGUUGGUUGGAACCUUUUUAGCAUUUGACAAACAUUUGAAUGUGAUUCUGAGUGAAUGCGAAGAAUACAGAAUAAGAAAGCAAGGUAGAAGUUAAUUUGUAAGGUAGGAAUCCACGAAAUCGAAACCAAAAGAACUUUGGGAAUGAUCAUAGUGAGAGGCGAUAAUAUAAUAUCAUUGUCAGCUGAAGCCCCUCCUCAUCAACCUCCAAAGAAACAAGAAUUAUAACCAGGACCAGGAAAAGCCCAGCCAAUAACAAGAUAGGGAGUGACAGGAGCACCAAAUAUUGGUUUAAUUUCUUAGCCAAAGGGAAUGGGUUUACCUGGGUAAUAAACUAUGAUGCCUGCAGGAAUGAGUAUGCCUCCGAUGUGAA